UUCUUCCUUUCCCAAUCAUUACCUAUUAUAUUUACAAAUUACCAUUAUAUAUAUGUUUUGUUGAGUGCUUUAGGGUGCAGAUUUGGAUGGGUGCAGAUUUUUGAGUGUUGCCUUUGAGGCGCUCUUCCCCUCCGGAGGUGGUGACCGUCUCCAGGUGGUGCUAUGGCUAUAGGUCAACAACGACGAGACAUUUAUCCUUCUGCAGCCCCUCUGACCCCACUUCCAGAACCGCAAACUAUCUUCUCUACUGUCGUCCUGGCCUCCAUCCUUCUUCUUGCUGCCUCCCAGGCAUCUGUCAUCUUCUCUUCUAUCGCUAAAACCUUUUCUGACCAUCCCUUGCUACUGACAUCCCCUUCCGGGUCUGUCCCUGCUGUUGUCCAGCGAUCGACACCUAUCCCCGCUGAUGUCCAACUCCCUUGGACUUCGGUGCCUGCUGCAGUCCAUACCCCGCCAUCGGUCUACUGUUUCCCCAGGCCACCGCAACUCCCUUCUGCCACCCUUAAGCAGUCGCCAACCCGUUUCUAGCCACCACGCUGGUUACCCAAUUCUUCCCCGCCGACGUCCAGUUGUUGUACAGUCCACCGCAAGCACCUUUCUACUGCUAUCCGGUCCACUGCCGUACCUCACGCCACAUUCCCCUUGGUGGACACCAAUGCUUGUUGCAGUCCAGACCCCGCCAUCGGUCUACUACUGCCUCAGGAGACCGCAACUUCCUCCCGCCACCCUCCAGCAGUCGCCAACCCUUUCCAACCACCACCCCGACCACCCGAUUCUUCCCCGCCGCCGCUUAGUUGUUGUUCAUUCCACCGCAAGCACCUUACUACUGCUAUCCGGUCCACCGUUGUACCUCAUCCCCCCUGGUGGACACCGGUGCCUGCUGCAGUCCAGACCCCGCCAUCGGUCUACUAUUGCCCCAGGCCACCGCAACUCCCUCCUGCCACCCUCCAACAGUCGCCAACCCUUUUCCAACCACCACCUCGUCCACCCGAUUCUUCCCCGCCGCCGUCCAGUUGUUGUUCAUUCCAUUGCAAGCACCUUCUUAUUGCUAUCCGGUCCACCACUGGACUAUAAAUAGGGCUUAUUAUGCUUAGGGCUAGGGCAUGCUAUGAGAUUAUUGUCUUGAGUCUUAGGGUUAAGGUUUGGGAAAGAUUGUCUGUCUCUUGAAUUGUAGGUGCUUAUCUUUUAUGUAUUCAGAUUUUGUUAUUUUGUGUUAUUAAAGAAAAGAUUUGUUUGCUCUAAUUUAUGAGGAAAACUCAUCCGGUUUUUGUCAGCCUUCUAGCAUAGUGAAAAAAGUUAUGCCUCUCCAACUUUUUUUUGCUUGAUUAAUCCAAAUUAUAACUGACAUGGGAGCUUCCCCGGGUCGCAGCACUGUAGCUGCUACAGUGUCGGGGAUGCGAUACAGUACUACGGUCCAACCCUUCUGCCCUUUACUUUUUUGUUUCCCUCUGCUUUUUUCAUGAUUCUCUUAUCUUAUUUCCUACCUAUUCUAUGUCUGCCUUUUUUAUUUCUUUCCUUUCCCAAUCAUUACCUAUUAUAUUUACAAAUUACCAUUAUAUAUAUGUUUUGUUGAGUGCUUUAGGGUGCAGAUUUGGAUGAGUGCAUAUUUUUGAGUGUUGCCUUUAUGGCGUUCUUCCCCUCCGGAGGAUGUACCCAAUGACGAUAAUGUGCUUCGGCUGUAACUCGUCUGAGGUGAUGAUUGUCUCCAAGUGCCCGGGUGAUGCUAUAGCUGUAGAUCAACUACGACGAGACAUUUAUCCUUCUGCAGCCCCUCUGACCCUACUUCUAGCAACGACAAACUAUCUUCUCUGCUGCCGUCCUGGCCUCCGUCCUUCUUGUUGCUUCCCAGGCAUCUGACAUCUUCCCUGCUAUCGCAACUCCCUCCUGCCACCCUCCAGCAGUCGUCAACCCUUUUCCAACCAUCGCCCCUGCCACCCGAUUCUUCCCCGCCGCCGUCCAGUUAUUGUUCAUUCUACCGCAAGCACCUUUCUAUUGCUAUCCGGUCCACAGUUGUACCCAGGCCAACUACCACCCUGCCAUCGGUCUACUAUUGCCCUAGGCCACCGCAACUCCCUCCUGCCACCCUUCAACAGUCGCUAACCCUUUUCCAACCACCACCCCAGCCACCCGAUUCUUCCCCUCCGCCGUCCAGUUAUUGUUCAUUCCACUGCAAGCACCUUCCUAUUGCUAUCCAGUCCAUAGAUGUACCUCAACCCCACCCCCCCCUCCCCCUUGGUGGACACCGGUGCCUGCUGCAGUCCAGACCCCUCCAUCGGUCUACUAUUGCCCCAGGCCACCGCAACUCCCUCUUGCUACCCUCUAGCACUCGCCAACCAUUUUCCAACCACCACCCUAGCCACCUGAUUCUUCCCCGUCGCCGUCCAGUUGUUGUUCAUUCCACCGCAAGCACCUUCCUACUGCUAUCCGGUCCACCCCCCUCCCUCUUGGUGGACACCGGUGCGUGCUGCAGUCCUGCCCCCACCCCUCCUCCCCCCUGGUGGACACUGGUGCCUGCUGCAGUCCAGACCCCGCCAUCGGUCUACUAUUGCCCCAGGCCACCGCCACUCCCUCCUGCCACCCUCCAACAGUCGUCAAACUUUUUCCAACCACCACCCCGACCAACCAAUUCUUCCCCACCACCCUGAUCACCUGAUUCUUCCCCGCCAUCGUCCAGUUGUUGUUCAUUCCACCGCAAGCACCUUCCUACUGCUAUGUGGUCCAACCUCCCCCCUCCCCCCUCCCUUCUGGUGGACACCGGUGCGUGCUGCAGUACAGACCCCCAUCCCUCCUCCCCUCUGGUGGACACGGGUGCCUGCUGCAGUCCAGACCCCGCCAUCGGUCUAC